AUGGCUACUGCUCCACACGGUUCAUCGUUAACUCCUUCACCUCCACCGGCCGUCACUGAACAUUAUCUCGCCAGCAAACAUGUGAACACUAUCCAUCAAGACGCUAGUGUGGUAACACCAAGUGAAAGGGGGCCACAACCAAAAGACGAGGCAUUUAUGAAUCAAGAAGCGAAUUCUCAAUUAUCAAUAAAGGCAAAUUUUGAACAAUUGUUUCGUUACAUGAAGCAAAUCUGCAAAAUUAUAGAGAAGAAAAUGGAGUUAAUCCGACCACACAGUACGAAAGAUUGUGUGGACCUCUUUGUGGCGGGGUUGCCACUUGAAUACUUGAUGGCAUCAAGAACAUCAACAACUUUGGAUUUGGCCAUUUGUGCAGCUAAGAGUGUAGAGGAAAAUGAGAAUAGGGAGGGGAAAGAUGUUGGAGAAAAGAGGAAGUGGGGAGGGUCGACAUCGGGGUCCUUAAAGAAGCCAAAGGGGGAGGCUAGAUUUUGCUAUCAUUGUGGGAAGGCAGGACAUGUGGCUCGAGAGUGCCCAGAGAAUGUGGUGAUUUGUUUUGAGUGUGGAGACAAAGGACACAUCACCACUUUUUGUCCGAAGAGAGAAAGAGAUUGA